AUGAAGUCUGGAAGUGCCAAACCCCCACCUAAAGAAGAGGAACAAUCCAAAAAGUUGACCCCAACUCUAACUUUUGGAGAUUCUACAAAGGCCUUGCUGAGCGAGGGGGGCAGAAUCAACAGUAGUUUCUCCUUCCAUUCCGGUGGGGAUCCAGGCUACGGUAACCCGACACGUGAGAAGGUCGUUAAGCCGAACCAGCCAGUAGGAUCAAUGACUCCAGGUUAUAAGAGGCUCUUGCCAAAAGAAGGAGGCAGGCCGUCGGAAGAAACUUCAGGGAAACCACAGACGCCAGAGAGUGCAACCGCGAAGGAGGAAUUCACCUUCAGACCUCUUGACGGAAGCGGUAACACUAAUGUGAAACUUGAGAAGCCAGGACAGCCAAAAACGACUCCACAGUAUGUGAGGCCCUUGCACAGAGAAGAAAUAGCACCAUCAUCAGAAACAACUUCAGAGGAACCACGGCAGAGGACAGGGAAAGCUCCGGUAAAAGAAGCCUCAGCAAAGCCGAAAAAGGUACCGUUUCUGCAAUUGCCCUUUAAGAAAAAAGGAGACACUUGUACUUUGGGCAUAUUCAAACCAGUAGUAGAAGGUAACGAGAUCUCAGAAUACGAAUGCAAAGAGCACUGCGUGGCCCAAUUCGGUGUAAUUGUUCCAGAAUAUGAAAGCCAAGAAAGCCGAGUAGACAUUGCUGAUCACAGCGUGACUCGAAAAGGAAAAGAAUGUCGCUGCACUUUGAAUAAAAAAGGGCUUCAAGAAUAUUUCAAGAAUCAUUUUUCCGAAGGGGCCUUCCAAAAUUUCUUCGACCUAGCCUACAGCGAAGGAUUCUGCGGUGCAAGGGUAUGGUUAAGAGAUAACGGAGUUAAAGUUCAUAUUCCGUAUGAGGCCGAGGCUAAGGAACAAAGGCUACGGGCUCCAUCAGCGCCAAGCACACCACUUUUGACACCGUCUGACACACCUGUGCAAUCACCCUCUAUGACACCUCUUAUUCGAACACCCCAGGGGACACCUCCUCAAUCGCCGGGAAGAACUUUUCCACCACAGAAGGUUCCUGUAAGGGUCGAUGCAGGCAAAGGUGUAGCGAAGUCAUCAACUGGGACGGCGACAGCACCUGGAACACCUGAUCGAAGUCGUUUGGGAACAGCUCCUGGAACGCCGGACAGAUAUUCUUUGAACCGUGACAUCACUGGAAAGGGCAAGGCUGUGGUAGAUACAUCAACGGAUACAGUAACAACAGCAAUGAAAGACGUAAUUGUGGGGUCUUUUAAAAAAAGAGCGGGCUCUUAUUUCUCCACAAUUUCGUGCAAGCAAACUUGCUACGAAGCAUUCGGGCAACUUCGUGUCCCUGCCUGGAACUACCGACACAGCCUGCCUUUUACCAUGCCAAUGAUCAGAGAUAAUGGAGUGAUCUGCAAUUGUAUCAUGGAAGCCUUCGUCCAAAAAUUUUGUGCUGCUCAGAGCAAACUCGACUACAAUAUACUGGUUAGGAAAAUUACAGAAAACUUCUUCUGCGACGGAAAGGUGUACAUCGAGCGUUCGACAGGAAUGGCUGUCGAUAUCCAGUACGAGUAUGAUUCUCGUCCAAACACAUACCAGGACAAAGAACUUCCUAAACCAGUAUUUGAAGUGUUUUACACUGGGGGAGCCCCUGGAGGAGUCGGGGUAGGAGAUAUGCUCAUUUUGAUGGCGACUUUACGCAAAGGUGAGUCGACACACGGCUUCGUUAUUCGAACGACUGUCACGGAGAGAAAGAUUCAAGUGCUGACAAACUCAAAAUUGAGCCACUACUCUUGCACUUUCUCGAACAUUUUUGCAUUAAGAAGCCCCUAA